AUGAGAAAGACGGACUCUACCGCAGCAACUGCGGGCUCAGGCUCCAGUUCCUCAAGCCGUCGCCAUGACAAGGAAAGAUCCAGCGGCCGCAGCCGUGACCCGGAUCUUGUCGACUAUGUCCAUGACAGGGACAGGAUUCCUCGCCCGUCCCUGAAGCACCGGGAGUCCAGCCGCGAGGGCAGACGGCACCACGAGUACCGGUACUACGAGCCGCCGGCGGGCCGCCAACGCGUCCGCAGCGAGGAGCGUCGGAGCCCAGGAAACUCGGCAAAGGCAUCGAAGACCAACAGCCCGGACAAAUACAGGGACUCUGAGAGGUCUGCCCCGAAAGAGUCCAGGGGCAGGAGGAGGCACACAUCGGAAAGGUCAAGCGAGACCCGCAGCCGAAGCGAGGACAGGCGUGAGGACCGGCGCGACAGCCGGCGGCCCAGUGACGACGGCCAGGGAAAGAAGCGGGCGACCGCGGCCAACUUUGGCAAGACCGCACUGGCUGCCGGUGCCAUGGAAGCUGUCAAGCAAAAGGGGCGCAAGGAGCGGGAGACUGACGCUUGGAAGAGGGUCGCCACUGCUGCCUUGGGCGCUGCUGCUAUUGACGCCGCAGCAGGCAAGGCCAGGGGCAAGGACCCCAGGGACAGAGGAAAGGGAUCUCUGAUUGGCGCAUCGAUUGGAGGUUUGGUCUUGGACAGUCUCGUCAACAAAGUGCGGUGA